ACAGUCACAUAUCAAGUACGAAGUCAACCUGGUAUGAUUCGCAAAURUGCCGGACUAAUAUCGUAAASGAUGGCUGAAAGCGUUGUCUUGGCAGUACUAUUCUCAACUGUACUCGUGUUCAACGUUGCAGGCAACACGCUUGUUAUUUACAUUAUUUCWACAAAAAAAGCAAGAACCUCUACGACUAACUACCUUCUUUUAAAUAUGGCACUCGCUGACUUAGUUCUUGGUAUUUUUGCUUCACCAAAAUACAUCGCUUCUCCCUGGUACUCAAAACGYAAUCGACACACCUUAGAGUGCAAGUACUUGAUCCUAACUAACAUAAGUUGGCUGGCUGCUGCAGCAUCAUCGAUCACUAUGGUAGCUUUGUCUGUCGAGCGGUAUUACGCCGUGUGUCAGCCCCUAAGGUUCCGUCGAAUGUUCUGUAUGAGGAAUAUAAAGGCUAUGAUAGCAGGGUCAUGGGUAUAUGGAGGACUAACCAAUAUCUAUUCAUUUAUUUUUAAUGACUGUAAAAACGGGACUUUUCUCAGUCAAAACGUUCGUCGAGCAUUCUCUCUGCUGUUCUUCAUUGAAGGGUUUCUCUUUCUUUGCAUUAUGGCAYAUCUUGUAUCAAAAACAAGCCGUGUUUUAUGGAGUAAUAGACURGUCCUAGGCAGGUUUGCUCACCAGCCUUCGCAGCUUGGAAGAUAUAAACAGAGAAGGAAAGUUACUCGGGCUGCUCUUCUUGUAAUYGUUACGUUUAUWAUCUGUUGGAUMCCAGAGAAGUUAACAUGUCUUUCAACAGCGAUAGUCGAUAGAGAUAACGAAUUACUCUCACACGCUUUAUCAAUAUCAGCUUUUCUAGUAUCGGUGAAUGCAUCUCUUGAUCCUUACUURUUCACUUUUCAAGGAAAGUCUUUCCGAGUUUAUUUGAAAAGAAUUCUUUGCUGUUGCGCGCGACAAAAGAUAGUCCACAUUAAUAGGAGCUUGGUGAACGUCAAUCAAAUCCACAUAGAAAUGCCGAAAUACUUAUGUAGAGGGGAAUAUCUACAAUGA